AUGGGAUCUCAGGACAAGCAUCGUGUCAUACUGGGUCUGAUGACCUUCGGCCCGCCAGGGACUGCUGAGUUCGGCACCAGAAUCGAGUCCAAGGACGAGUUCAACAAGCAUCUCGACACUUUCCAGAAAAGGGGGUAUAAUGAAGUCGAUACCGCUCGGAUGUACGUCAACGGACUCCAAGAAGGAUGGACGAAAGAGGCCAAGUGGCAGGAGCGAGGUCUGACGCUAGCGACGAAAUGGUAUCCUCGCAACCCUGGCGACCAUGCGAAGGCCAUCGUCAAAGAACAAUUCGCCAAGAGCAUCUCCGAGCUGGUCACCGAGAAAGUCGACAUCUUCUACCUGCAUGCCCCGGACAGAUCUGUUCCGUUCAGCGAGACGCUUGAGGCUUGCAACGAGCUCUACCAAGCUGGCCACUUCAAGCACCUCGGACUGAGCAACUACGCAUCAUGGGAAGUUGCAGAGAUUUGCACGACAGCGAAGGAGCGUGGCUGGGUGAAGCCUACAAUCUACCAAGCCAUGUACAAUGCCAUCACGAGAGCCAUUGAUGACGAGCUGAUUCCAUGCUGCCGGAAGUUUGGGCUGGACAUCGUGGUCACCACUGAGGGACGCUUCUCCAACACCGCUCAAGUCAUUGGCAACAUGUAUCGCGAGAGAUACUUCAAGGAUGCGAACUUCGAGGCUUUGAAGUUGGUGGAACCAGUCGCCGAGAAGCACAAGUUGACCUUGCCGCAGAUUGCUCUGAGAUGGGUGGUCCAUCACAGCAAGCUGAACGUCAAGAACGGGAACGAUGGUAUUGUCAUUGGAGUCAGUAGCUUCCAGCAACUGGAGCAGAACCUUGAUCACCUCGAGGAAGGCGAGUUGCCGUCAGACGUCGUGGAAGCCCUCGAUCAAGCCUGGUUGGUUACGAAAGCGACCUGCCCGCUCUACUGGCGAUAG